AUGGCUUCCGAGGGCGUCCACCCCCCUAUGGUCCCCAGACUGACCCAAACGGCUAUGGCCUUGGGUCGUCUAUUGCCCAACCUGGGGGGAUCAGACGGGAGGGUGAGGCGCCUCUACGCCUGGACGGUCCACGCCAUGGCCCUAUAUGGGGCCCCGGUGUGGGCCGGACAGCUGGGGGCCAGCGCCAAGCUGCGCGGUAUGUUACAUCGCGUGCAGCAGGUGCUGGCCCUUAGGGCCGUUCGGGCUUAUAGAACGAUCGCGUUUGAGGUGGCCCUGGCCCUGGCCGGGAUCCCUUCCGCGGAGCUCCUCGCAUCUGCACUCGCUGGGCAGUACCGGCGUAUGCGGGAGCUCCGCGAGAGGGAGGGAGUUUUUGACUCUCCCGGCUAG